CAAGUUUCCUGAAUGAUGGGUGAACGUUUAAAGUAUAUUGGAAUCUCGAUAUAUUUCUUAUUCAAUAUACUCGAUAGACAUCAAAUUCAAUCAAUUAAAUGUCAUGUGUGUGAUUACUGCCCCAUAGUAACGAAUAAGUCAAUAUCAAAUGAGAACUGUACUUCAUGUGCAGUUGCCGGUGAAAAUUAUUCAGUACACAGAAUAUGUUUGCGUAAUAAUACGAUUCCCACAAACUUUCCAAAGGAGAAUCUGAAUGUGUGCCAAUCGGAUCUGUGUAAUAAUCGAAUAAUUGGCGAUCAUCUAAAAAACCAGACAAAUCUUCUAAAUAAUUCAGUAAAGGGUUAUGGAGGGUGUGUAACAACUCAUGGUUCUGGAGUUACUAGUAAACUUUGUGGACCUACAUGUGAUCAAUUGAAAUAUGCGUAUACAGUCGGUUGUUGCUCAACAGAUAAAUGUAAUGGAAUGACAAAAUUAUCUAUUCAUCGUCAUGUUAUUGUUGUUCUGUUUGUUUGCAUGGGAAUCAGUAAAUACAUUCUCUGA